AUGCUCAUCAAGACUUCGUACCGCGACGUGGAGACCAAGGCCAAUGGCCGCGCUGGCAAGAUGCGCAUUUACAUCAUCGAGCCCAACCUCCCAGAGUACCCCAACGCCAAGUUCCCUGGUUGCGUCGUGUUCUCUGAGAUCUACCAGGUUACUGGGCCCGUCGAGCGCUUCGCUGGCAACAUCGCGAGCGAGGGGUACGUUGUUGCUCUUCCCUCGUCGUUCCACGAGUUCGAGGGCCCCGAGGCGAUCCCAUACGAUACUGAGGGCACAGACCGUGGGAACAAGUACAAGAUCGAGAAGACGGUCGAUGCGUACGACGAGGACGCAACGCUGGCGGUGGACCUCCUGACGUCGCACCCGAACUGCAACGGGCGCAUUGCCGCGACAGGCAUGUGCCUCGGAGGCCAUCUGGCCUUGAGGUGCGCGUUCGACCCCCGCGUCCUGUCGUCGUUCUGCUACUUCGCCACCGACAUCCACUCGGCAACUCUUGGCAAGGGCAAGUCGGACGACACGCUGACGCGCGUUAAGAAAGGGGACCUCGCGGGGAAGGGCGAGGUGACGCUCGUGUUCGGCAAGCAAGACACCCACGUCAACCGUGCUGGCCGGACGCUGAUCCGCGAGACGUUUGACGAUGCAGGUGUCACGCUCACCUUCAUGGAGGUACAGGCACAGCACGCGUUCAUCCGCGACGAGAGCUCGAAAGGGCGGUGGGACGCGGCGCUGUCGCGCUCGCUCUUCGCGAUGAUGAUGGAGAGCUUCGACCGCUGCGUUGCGCGCGAUCUCGGCCCGCGCGCCGAUAGGAAAGCCGCAAUCGAGCACGUCUGCUAG